GGCGGGCGGAGCGCCGCGGCGUCUCUUGGGGCGGCGUCACUGCCGCUUCCGGCGCGGGCUGUUUGAAGGUGAUGGCGGGCGCGCUGUACGCGCCGCCGGGCGCUGCGGCGGGGCUCGAGUCCUCCCUGUCGCUGCUGGAGGCGGGCGGCGCCCGGGAGGCGGCGGAGGGAGGCGGGCCGGGCGGCCGGCCGGGCGGCCGCGCGGCGGACGAGGGCGUGCUGCCCAUGGUGUUCCUGUGCGCCGGCUGCAAGCGGCCGGUGGGCGACACGCUGAGCUGGGUGGCCAACGACGAGGAGGCGGGCUGCAUCCUGCUGCGCAAUGCUUCCGCCAGCGUGUCGGUGGACAAGGAGCAGAAGCUCUCCCAGCGGCCCGGCGAGUGCGGAUGCAUGGUUGAAACUUUGUCCUGCUCUGGCUGCUCAGUGACACUUGGCAACAUCUACAGAUGCACACCAAAGCAUCUUGACUACAAGAGAGACUUGUUCUGCUUCAGUGUUGACUCGAUUGAAAGUUACAUUCUAGGAUCCUCAGAAAAGCAAGCUCUUACUGAUGAGGAGCCUUUAACUCUUGAGAGUCGAGCUGUUCUGGAAGAAGCACUAGAAAGGGCAGACACCAUAUUAAAGGCACUGGAGGCAAGACUGACUGUAGUUGAAUCAAGUUUUGCUUCUCUUCAUAAUAAUGUCUGAAAAACUUCUGCGUAUUAAUUAACUGCCAGAGAAUAAUGUAUAUGAAUCUUACACCUGUAAUCCUCUGGAAUCUACAGGAACAUUGCGAAAGCCAUGCGAAGAGCUGAGACUCAGGUGGCUCAUGCUGCAGUAGAGCAAUGCUGACUGAAAGUCUUCAUCCAAGACAAGUUCUUCUUCUCUGAUAAAAGAAUACCCCAGAUGGAGAGAGUCUCCUCCUGCCAUCUUGUCUUCACAGCCUUUGCUUCACCUGUGCUCCCAGACAGGAGCAAGACAGUAACUGUCUUCUGCCAGCUCAAAGCUAAAAUGUAGUGAUCAUAAAGAAGAUUAUUUUUCUCCUCUUGAAGCUCUGUUAUGCAUAUAAACAAGACUGAUAGCUGUACACCUUUAAGCGAAGCUUAGUGUAUGUUUAAAUGAUGAACUCAAAACAUAAAUUAAGAAUGCUCGUCAGCAUUUUGUUGUUUCAGUGUAGAUAUUUCAAUUAUUUGAUCUGGAUCUUCUAAAUCUGUAUUUGUCUAACUAUCAGGGUUUCCUAAAUAAUGUAUGUGUUACAAAUGAUCUCUUUUUUUUUUUUUUUCAAUAAAACAAGGAAAACAGUAA